AUGGAUACCUCGGGUAAACCACUCUCGACUGGCGGUGACUCUUGUAAACUUAAGAAUCAGGGCAUCCUGGUGGAUGAGGAGAAGAAUGACGAGCCUCUUCCUCGUCGUUCUAGCACCAUUGGCUCCGUACGACAGGUCUCUGAUGCGACACACCGAACACUCAAGAGCCGCCACAUUCAGCUCAUCGGUAUCGGUGGAACAAUCGGAACCGCUCUCUACGUCCAGAUUGGAAGGGGUCUGAUGAACGGUGGGCCAGGAGCUCUGUUCCUCGCCUUCACGUUAUGGUGUACUGUCAUUCUGGCCGUGACGCUCAGUGAGAACUCCCUGUUUUGA